AUGACUGCUGAGGCUUUGGGACUUCCCUUCAAGUGCUUUGCCGUGGCUGAGAAGAACAAGAACUACCAAGAGACUAUUCUGCUGAAUAACCCUUCGAUGUCCCGUGCGAAUGUGUAUGAUUCAGUAGAAGCAGUGUUGCAUGAAAUCAAGGACCCUGAAUCAUCCUUGGCAAGAGAGGUUUCAGUGCAGGGGGUGAGCCUCGCUGUUAUGGGUAGCCCUUGCAACCCUUAUUCCACAAAGAGAUGCAAAAGAUUUGUUGAUGGGGAUGUGGCCAAUCACUCCAUGAACGGAACAACUCAGACUAGCGUUGUUGAGAUGUACAAGGAAUUCGAGCCCCGGAUUGGGAUUACCGAACAAGUGAAAGGAUUUCAGAUGCGCACCAGUACUUCAGAAGAUUCAUCGCCGUAUGACAGGUUCAUCGCCAGCAUGGCUUCUCAGUCAUGGAAGUUUGGUGGCUACUGGUUUGCCAAGCUGGAGCUAGAUUCCCAGAUCUGGCUGAAGAUUUCUCGCCCCAGGCUGGAUGAUGAGGGCUUGGGCUUGGGCUCAGGUGUGCCAUAUUUUAGUGAUUUUAGUGUGUUUAAUCAGCUUAUAUUUGCAAAGCCAGUUUUCAUUCCAUUCAAACCUCAGGUGUCGUGUACAUAUCAUUUCUGGAGGGGUGAUCAAACAAUAUACCACAGCAAUGAUGUUAUGCUCCAAAAAGCAAAAAACACAAUGGUUUUAGACAUUUGUGGCGAUGAUGGACUGAUGCAGGGAGUAUUUGAUAGCAUGUUUCAAAUUUUGGUUUUGCAUCACUUGUGCCCACAUCCUCUAAACCCUUGA